AUGUCCGCGCCCAACAUUGUAACUCCUGCAGGACGUGAACACACCGAUAUUCGUCAUGUUGGCGAGACUCAACUUAUAGUCGAUGAUGCUGAGGUCGCCGAUGACGACUCAUCAGAGCUUGGUGGUCAGACUACCAGUAGUAUUGCUAGCUCCAUUUGGAACUUCCAACUUGAGAAUGGUCGAACGUACCAUCGGUACAAGGAAGGAAACCUCCAACAUGAACUAUGUCUCCUCACUCUGGACCGGACGCUUGGUCUGGCACCGCCAAACGACGAGAACUCCAAGGUCAACCGUGUGCUUGACCUAGGCACCGGCACUGGGCUGUGGACCAUCGACUUCGGAGAUGUCCACCCCAAUGCAGAGGUUCUUGGCGUUGACCUUUCUCCCCCAGCAGCUGAAGCUCCACCGAACGUAGGAUUCGAGGUCGAUGAUGUUGAAGAACCAUGGACGUACACCUAG